ACUCAAUACAAACGCCAAUUGUACCUGCGAAAUAUCUACUCUUACUUCCUAAAUAUUUCCUGUCGUUUGCGAAAAUCGACUUUGCUCUGUAAAGCUUGGCGUUCCGCAUCGCAAGCUCCAAUUUUUUUUUUUCUUUGCUCCGCAAUCUUUCGCAUCGACGAAACGAACAUACUGUUCAGACAUCCUGCGAAAGACACAAUGGCCCCCAAGUCGAAGGAAGUAGUCGCCUCAGACAGUAAGAGCAGUCGCUCUAGUUCUCCAGGAGUAUUGGAGAAAGCGGAGGUUUCCUCGAGUUCGGAGUCGGAGAACAGCUCCAGCGAGAGCGAUAGCGAUAAUGACAGCGUUGUCUCCGAGACGCAGAACAAGAAGAAGUCCUCUAAGGUCUCUUCCCAAGCACCUCAGCCCUACCGGGCACCCUCUGGUUUUAAAGCAGCGAAGAAACAGUCCCCCCCCUCAUCCAGUACUACCUCCCUUCUUUCCGAUCUCCGCGGUAAACAAGUCUAUCAUAUCACCGCUCCUGCGUUCUUGCCUCUUUCUAAGGUGAAGGAAAUCUCACUGGGCAAGGUUAUGAAAGGCGAACCAGUCAUGAAGCACGAAGGUGUGCAGUACGGAAUUCCAGCGGAGAGUAUAACCCAGACCGAUAUGGGUGGGAAGGCACUUCUUUUGUACGACUCGAAAUCUCAAACAUAUUACACUACGUCGACCAACGAUAUCCGGAGCUAUCAUGUCCAAGAGUUGAUCAACCUUCCUGAAAGAUCUGAGGAAAAUGAUACGGUGUUGGAAGCAGCCAAGGAACAGAUCAAGCCUCCACGGAAGCAGCCUAAGCACCUCAAGAUGCGUUUCCGACCCGUUGGAAGUGAGCAAGGACCACCGGAGACCAUUGGAAGCAGCUCGGAGGAGUCGGAGGGGGAGCAGCCGACAUUCAAGAUGCCCAAAGAAUCGCACAAAGAGAAGGAGGAUAAGAAACGAAAGCACCAUCAGACAGAUGGGGAAGGUAGCCAGCCCAGUGCUGAGCCGCGAAAGAAGUCCAAGAAAGCAGAUGGAGCAGAGAAGGCCGAGAAGUCGGAGAAGUCGAAGAAGUCGAGUAAGAGCAAGGAAGAGAAGAAGCGCAAGAAAUCCGAAAAGUCUGCUUGAAGGUUAUUCUAAAUUCGAAUUGUGCUUAUUUCCUUUUACACCAAAAGUUGAAUGGUAUUUGCUAUGCAUGAAGGCGUGAUGAUACCUGCAAUGGCCUCGAGCUUUACGGUUUUCUUUAUUAGCUCUAGUUUUCUGCUCAUCCUAUUCUUUUCCCUGUUAGCCCUUCAGCAUCUGUACAUAAG